AUGAAAGAUGAUACUGACUUAUUUAGUAAAGAAGAUUUGUUUUAUUCUUUGGAAGAACAUGAGAAAGAACUUAUAGAAGAGUCUUCAGAAGAACUGGAUGAUUUAUUAGUGAUCAAUGAAUCUUUAAGUUUAAUUAAAGAAAUUAUACAUGGUGUUAAGGAUUUUGACAUUAAUGAUUUGAUUAGUGAUUAA